AUGUUCUUCUUCGUUUUCAUCCUACUCGUAUUUACGCUUAGCUGUAAUGACACAGCUAUUCUCAAAUGCGAUUUCGAAACGCCUUGUUCUGACUUUGAUAUUGAUUCAAACUGGGGUUUGACUGAUGGUGCCCAUCCACAAUCCAUCAAUCAUGAUCACACGCUCAAUACAAGCGCUGGCCAUUAUCUUUUUUACACGCCACAAAGCUCACCAUUCUACCCUGUGGAUGCCAAAAUCAAAACCAAACAAUGGGUUCAACUACCAACAGACCGUGCUGUUUGUUUUCAAAUGUGGUAUUACACACCUCGUAUUGACUUUCCAUUUUCAAUUCAGUUGGUACAAGGUGAUGAUGAGCAACUAACGCGAAUCAUAGCAAAAGUACCUGGAAAGGAUCCUUCGAUAAAUGAUUGGACAUUGAUUAAUCUAGCGCUACCAGCAGAAAAGUUCAAAUUGCUAAUUCGAUCGAACGUUUCGACGAAGUCACUAGCAUUUGAUGAUCUCUCGAUCGAUUACUGUGAUAAACCGUUACCAGCACCACCAAAGACGUUGUUUGCAUGUGAUUUUGAAUCGAACUGCGUCAACGACGUUGUUUCGCUAUCGGAUUAUCCAUAUCAAUGGUCAAUCAUGAAAGCGAGUGAUGCUGUCAAAGAAGAAAAUUUGGCACCUACGGUUGACUUUACCUAUGGUAAUGAGUCAGGACAUUAUGCAUUUGUAGUAAAUUCGAAAAUAAUUCAGAAAGGGAAAGUUGGUUAUUUGGAAACACGCAAGCAAUUCAAUAUCACUGUAAAUGAGUCGUUUUGUUUGAAUUUUUACUACUAUGCCUUCGGACAACAAUAUAUCAGCUAUCUAAAAGUUUACGCAAGAUAUUUUGAUCCGUUUGAAACUGUACAACAGAUAUGGCCACCAUCGUUUGGCGAGUAUAUAUACACAGAUGCAAAAUGGACUUGGGGUGUAAUAAAUCUACCUGUUGGAUAUUAUUCAUUGAUGUUCCGCGUCGAUAGUUUACAAGACAAUCCACGUUCAUUUGCUAUAGAUGAUCUUAGCGUGACAUCGUGUGCUUAUCCUCCGACAAAAUUUCCAUACGACGGUAAUCUUCUAUCUUUUCAUUGCAACUUCGAUGAUUUAACGAUGUGCGGAAUGCAAAAUGGUGAUAGAUUUACAUUACCCACGUACAAUUUUUCUCUAACUACUGGUGAAAAUGUUCCGGAUCGAACGUUAGGUCCGUUUCGGGAUCAUACAACGAAUUCAUCUACUGGUGGCUUUAUUUAUUGGAACCGACAUUUACCUUUCCAACGUGGAAAUUCUGGUGCUGUUUCUCCUCCAAAAUCAGUCUCAUUCAAUCUCGGUAUGUGCGUACGAUAUGCUUAUUAUGUCAAAUCAUCGGUCGACGAUCAAAAUGGCACUGUUGUUAGCAUUUGGACUGGUGGAUGUGAUAGUCGAAGUUUAUGGAACAGAUAUCUCGAUGACAGUCACGGAUGGCAAACCGUUGUGACGGCGAUACCAAACAUUGUCUGUGAAGGAAGUCUCUAUUUCUAUGUUCAUCAACUAGCAACCGUAUCUGUUUCUGUCGCUUUUGAUGACAUUGAAGUAGGACCUUGUGAUAUCCUUGAUCCCACAACAACAACAACAACAACAACGACAUCAUCUACAACUACUACAUCGUCGACGACAAGCUCGGUGACCAUCACUACCACGAUUAUACAUCCACUGUAA